AUGGGUUUACUCGAAGUCGAAAAACUCGUACGCGCAGCCUGCAUUGAAGCCAACGUCGAACCUGUACUAGAGCAGGUUUCUGAACGGCUACAGAGUGUGACAAAACCUUCUGUUUUGAACCCAGAUGAACUUCCCGUUACAAUGAAAACCGGCGUGAAGCAGCUCCCAUUUGCUCCGCUUGCCACUGCAGCCGCAGUAGGCCGUCUUACUUUUACCACUACGAUGCCUCAAGAGUUUUCCACCCAGCGCCAUGCAGUGCAUCCUUCGAGUGAGACACAGCUGCCCAAGCCUAUAGAUAGACCUAUGUUUGGUAAGCCGAAACGAUUGGUCCAUAGAAGGAAGAAAGAUCGAGGCAAGUUUAUACGGAAAGCAAUCCAAAAAGAAAAAGGAAGUCUGACAAAGCUGAAAUGA